UUGUCACUCAGCGACGGCACAGGGACACAGGGAGAUGAUUGCGACACCUCCUUCUGCGGCGAUGCAUGUUUUCUAGUCGUCGCCAUCCUCGGAACAUAGCAGGACAGAGGUGUAGAAAAAGGUGGUGACAACAAAACAAUCACACGAAGUCACGCCGAUGCCGCUGGUGCACGGAAAGAAACGUCUUCGCCUCGACCGUCAGCACCAGCACCAGCACCAGCAUCAGCACCACGAGAAUCAUGAUCAAUCACUGCUCAAUGGGAGAGAUCUGGGAGGCGGAAGCCCGUGGCAGUGGCGUGCCGGAGAGAGAAACAAGGGCAUCGACGGAAGCAGAGGAGGCACGUCGUCGUCAACGACGAACAAACCGACAGGGCGGUCCGAAAAUGCGACCCUAGCAGCUCCGAGCUAUGCAUACGAGAGAGAGCACAGCGACAGCGAUGACGUCGAGACGUUAUCGCCGCGGCAACUGUUCGAUGGGCCCCUGCUGUCGGUGAAGGAAUACCGGGAUAGACCAACGGGAGACGUUAGGCUUGCUGUUUUUCAGGGAGGUCGCCGAGUGUCCGUCGCGCAGAUCCUCUUCUCCCUGAAGCAGGAGUGGCGCGGGGAGAGCAACCACACCUAUGGUCAUGUCAAGUCUGUGAAGGUAGACCAAGACUUUCGGGGGAUCGGUCUGGGACCGCUGCUGUUCAAGGAGGCCACCACACGUUGCACAGCAGUCGCUUGGGUACAUACAAGCAGCAGGUACGUGUGAGUCAACCGCACCAGCCGCUAUCGGGAGAGGGAGAGACAGAGAGAGCGAGGUUGCACACGCCCGGCGAGGUUCUCGGAAGUAGUCAAGCUUUGAUUCCCCAAGCUUGGCAGAAACACGGCAGCUUUUCCGUAUAUGAGCAGGAAGUGUGUCUAGUCUCAUAUCGCACACGGCCGCUAGCGCUCAAACUGUCAAAAGAGAAGGACGCACGCAUGGCCAUUGAUCCUUGAAAAGGAACACACGCCGGCAGAUUUCCUGAGCGAGGGGAUGUCCAGACGAAGAGCACGGAGACAGGGAAUGCUGAUGUUUCCCGCGCGCUACUGUAGCCAACGAGAUUCUACCCCUUCGCGCAUGAAGAGACAACGGAGAACGCAAACGCGGUGCCACACGCACACAUGCCAACACAGACACACACGCGGAUGUGCCACAUUGUACGCCCUGCCCCUUGGGGUGGAGGGGAGGGGUCGUGACCAAGAUGUAACUUCGCGAACCAUCCGGACCGCAAAGCUCCGGGGAUGCUAGUGGAAGGUUUGGUGAGGUACACGAAAUCGUAGGUUUUAGGUGGACCACCCUGAGACCUCUAUUGGGGUGCUAGGAAAGACGCAGACAAUGAGCGUGCGAGUGGGUGGCGAAUAAAGAGAUCGCGAACCAGUCUCCAUUCUGAUCCUUUCGUAGGGUCGAAAAGUCCUGGGUCCCCGGCCAAUCAAGAUGAGAGGGACUCCAACGGGGACGUAGCAAUCGUAACACGGCUUGCUUUCGACGUUGAAUGCGACCACCAAAGUCGUGUGUCGGUGGCACUGGUUCAUUGAUAGCCUGGGUGUGCUCAAUAGUCGUGCAUGCCGUAGUCGUUAGACCAUUGACCUCGCAUCCCUACAAAGCCGGGACGGAGCACGCCGGGUUCUCACCGGACCAGGCUCUCACAUCACCAAGCGCGAAGCUCCGUGAGGUAUUCGGCGAGUCGCAUGAAGGGUGCGCUGCAUUCUGCUAAGGGUGUUCGGCAUCUUGUGCGUACUUCCUUGCAUACGGAUGACAGCUGCGUAUGACUGAAUUUAUUUUCUGGUGCUUCACAGAUAGCCUGGGUGGGGUGGUAAGAAUGAUGCUGGACUUGCAGUCCACUGAGGAGUGGCGAGUUCUCGACCGACGCGCGCGCAGAGGCAAGAAUGCGACAACGCAUACAUGUCGAGGGAAGUUGGUUGUUUUGCAGUGCGGCGAUGUAUGCUUUAGAGGGCAAGGCGCGAUGCGCACUCUCCGCUUGUUCCACCCGGCCCCCGUGGGGGGACGAGCAACAGCCUCUUCCCGUACCACGGGGAGAGUGUGGGACGUUUGGCAGCAUGCGCAUUGCCCGUUGUGCUGGCUGUGUAGUGUGAUGCACGACGUACCGCGUGUGCUGUUGCAGUUGAACGGGUUUCUUGCUGUAGAACGCUCGUCUUUUUUUGUGGAUGAUGCGCCGAACGGGGUCAGGCAAGAGACAAACUCAACCUUGUGCAAGCUUGGCGAUCCCCGUUCGAGAGCGCGAUUGAAUCAUCCCGUGCUUGGUUUUUCGUCGCACCCCCGGACCAACUCUCCAAUCCGUGCGCGGACACGAUGACCGCGCUGCAUUUUGGUUUAGUCGCGCAAAGGUCUUGUUUUGCCCGCAUACUAAAGGCAACCGUGUGGACGCGCUGCCCCUUGUCGCACGAUUUUCUCGACGGUAUACACCU